UUCCACAAAUAUUUACAGAAGGCGCCAAGCUACCACAUUAUCCCUUGCUGCGGCUCUCUCCGUAUAUUUUAUCCACACCAUUUUCCACUCUCUGUUCUAACACCAUCAUCAUCGUUUCUGGGUUUCUCAAGUGACGAACCAUUGCCACUUCUCAUGCCCACUAUCACACUUUCGCCAAUUCGGGGUUCAUAUCCAUGGAAGCCAUUGCUGAAGUUGGUUUUGCGCACCACCACCAUCACCUUUUUCGCUGGAACAGUCCCUUCCUCAACCCUUUAACACUGCUACCAAAGAGGCACAUAUGUCAUCAUGUACAACUGCACAGUGUAUUCAGACUCACAUGCUGCAUGAAAAACCAUAAAUCAGUUAGAAGAUUAGCUGCAUUGUCAACAGAGAGAGGCAAGCCAACCACUAGUGUUGAUGAGCUAUGCAAGAUUAUUUGGACUGUAGAAGCGGAUUUGGAAGAUGGUCACCUUCUGUACAUAACUGGUGAUCCUGCUGAAUUAGGCUGCUGGAAACCAAACAUGGCUAUGCUAAUGUCUCCUACGGAGCACACUAAUAUAUGGAAAGCUGAAUUUCAGGUUGCUUUUGGAUUGAACUUCAAAUAUAAUUAUUUCAUUAAGGGCAAACCAAGGUCUUCGAGUGACAUUCUGUGGAAGCCUGGACCAGCAUUUUCUCUGUCAGUACCUCUAACAAUCCUUGAUGACAAUAAAAUUGUGGUGAGGGACUUAUGGAUUAGGUCUGAUUCCCAAAUGUUUUCUGCUCAUUUGUGGAGCUCUUGCUCAGAGGAAAUGUAUCUUCUUGAGCAACCUUCUAUAUCUUUCCUUAUCAAAGAUGAAGGAAGUAAUAAAAGUAUCCUUGAAAAUGAUGUCCUAAAGUCCGAGACAAUACGUUUGGAAGAUCUAUUAUUUCAUGACAAUGAGGACAUGAUGAUUGCGAAUGAUAAGGAUUCACAUUCUACUACUAUUCUUUCUGAGAAUUACCAGCCUCUUGAAGAACCCUGGCUACUCCAGUCAACCCCUUCCGUUAUCUCUGAGGAUAAAAUGGAAUCCAUUGAAUCUGAAUCUGAAUCUGAUGAUACUGCAAAAGAGCAGGUGAAGCUAGUAGAUACAGAAAAGUUGUUACCUGAAGAAAGUAGUAAUAUAAUUUCAAAAGACCCUGUUUCCACCAUUAUACUCAUCAACUCAUCAAUAUGUACCAUGCAAAGAAUUGCGGUACUGGAGGAUGAAAAUUUGGUUGAGUUAUUAUUGGAACCCGUCAAGAGUAAUGUGCAAUGUGAUAGUGUAUAUGUUGGGGUAAUCACAAAGCUUGUUCCCCAUAUGGGCGGGGCUUUUGUUAAUAUUGGGAAUUCUAGACCUGCUCUUAUGGACAUUAAACAAUACAAGGGGCCAUUCAUAUUCCCUCCAUUUCAUCAAAGGACAAAGAAACAUGAAGUUGAUCUAAAGGGUAAAAAUGACCACAUCUAUAGUGCUACCGAUAUAUCUGAUGGAACAUCAGACAUACAUUCUGAGGAUGGUUGUUUAAAUGCUGUACAUAAUGACUAUGAUGAGCAUGAAGGAGAUGAAGAUUCAUAUAUUUCAGAAGUUCUUGAGGAAAAUGUAAAUGGUAGCAUGGUAGAUGAUGAAGUAGAAGCUGACUUUGAGGAUGAUAUAGAGGGAAAUGAUGUGCAUAUGGAAGUAGAAAUGAAUAACAGUUCUCUUUCUUUUGGCAUGAAUGGCUCUGUCAACUCUCAUACUUUGCAAACAAAAAAUACAGAGAGAGUAACCCGCGUGGCUUCGGGAGAAAACAAAUGGACCCAAGUUCGCAAGGGAACCAAAAUAAUUGUCCAGGUUGUCAAAGAGGGCCUUGGUACCAAGGGUCCCACUUUGACUGCUUAUCCUAAACUAAGAAGUAGAUUCUGGGUUUUGAUUGCACGUUGUGAUAAAAUUGGAGUCUCCAAAAAGAUUUCUGGUGUUGAGCGCACAAGGCUGAAAGUUAUCGCAAAGCGAUUGCAGCCUGAGGGUUUUGGCCUCACUGUAAGAACUGUUGCUGCCGGUCAUUCUUUUGAAGAACUGCAGAAAGACUUAGAAGGUUUGCUUUCGACUUGGAAAAAUAUAAUGGAACAUGCAAAAUCUGCAGCUCUUGCUGCUGAUGAAGGGGUGGAAGGAGCUGUUCCAGUUAUUUUGCACAGGGCAAUGGGUCAAACUCUCUCAGUGGUCCAGGAUUAUUUCAAUGAAAAUGUUAAGAAAAUGGUAGUUGACUCCCCAAGGACAUUUUACGAGGUAACAAAUUAUCUACAGGAAAUAGCACCUGAUCUUUGUGAUCGAGUUGAACUAUAUGAUAAAAAAGUUCCCCUUUUUGAUGAAUUCAAAAUUGAAGGAGAACUUGACAAUAUCCUCAGCAAAAGGGUUCCACUUGCUAAUGGAGGUUCUCUAAUCAUCGAACAAACUGAGGCAUUAGUUUCUAUUGAUGUGAAUGGAGGACAUGGGAUGCUAGGUCAUGGAACUUCACAGCAGAAAGCUAUUCUAGAAGUCAAUCUUACAGCUGCAAAACAGAUUGCAAGGGAGUUGCGAGUACGGGAUAUUGGUGGCAUCAUUGUGGUAGAUUUCAUUGAUAUGACAGACGAAGUAAAUAAAAGAUUGGUCUAUGAAGAAGUCAAGAAAGCCUUUGAAAGGGACAGAUCAAUGGUGAAGGUCUCUGAACUAUCAAGACAUGGACUCAUGGAAAUAACAAGAAAGAGGGUUCGACCAAGUGUGACAUUCAUGAUUAGUGAGCCAUGUGCUUGUUGCCAUGCCACGGGCAGGGUUGAAGCUUUAGAGACGUCCUUCUCAAAAAUUGAACAGCAAAUCUGUCGGUUUCUCGCAACCAUGGACUGUAAGGCUGACCCUGGAAACCCCAAGUCUUGGCCAAAAUUUAUUCUGAGGGUUGAUCAUCAUAUGUGCGAGUACUUGACUUCAGGGAGAAAGACAAGACUUGCAAUAUUGAGCAGUUCUCUCAAAGUCUGGAUUCUCUUAAAGGUUGCUAGAGGGUUCACUAGAGGAGCAUUCGAGGUCAAACCAUUUGCAGAUGACAAAGUGGGGAAAAACCAGAAUCAGGUUGCUCUUUCAAUUUUAAGAUCCUCAGAGGCCAGAACCAAGAAGCCUGGCCAAAACCUGACUCUUGUUCAAGUAAAAAAAUCAAAGGCUAGGGGAAAGUAAAUAACUCUUUCUUGAAAUAGGAAUUGUCCCAUUUUGCACAGACGAGUUUAGUUUAUGCUUUACAUGGCUUGGGGAGAAAAACUAAAGUUGCAGGGCCGAGGAGCAAAAACAAUCUGUUUUCACUUUUGAGAGUAAGUUAGAAUCAGGCUGCUAGAGCUCAGCUUUUAGGCGGAAAAAUACCACCCCAAACUUAUCACAGGAGCAGUUUUGUUGUAAAGAACGACGCAUUACAAGUAGCAAAAAGUGAGAUAUCAAACAAAAGCCAUGGAAGAAUGAGAAAGAGAAAAUAGUUUACUCCUGCAGUCAGUAGGUAUUGGUAUUGGUCAGAGUAAGCAUUUUUUACACUAGUAAUCUGCAACAACAAUGGAGAGAUUGACAUACUGUCCUAGCUGCGGAAAAGGUAGCUUCAGCAUGUUUGGAUUUUCAUUAUAUGGCAUAGAAUUGAUUCUGUAUGCAAGAAGCUGAGUUGCUUCUCAUUUUAUGCUUAUUUCAGAAUCAAGAUUCUUGUUUAAUGUGGGAAACCAAUUAGCUUCCAAAUAUGCAAUAAGAGUAACUAGUAGUGUCAUCAUGAAGAACAAUGCAUGAGCAGAGCCAUCUGAAGGCAAUCCUUUGUGCUUCUGUAUAACCUUUGAAUUUGUUUUGAUAGAGAUACUCUAUCUAUGAACGUUAUCUUAAUAUUAUUUACAAUUUCUCUCAA